CUAACGCCGUCGCCACCGAACCUGCUCUGCAGUCCAGGGUGCGAGAGCACGGCAGGCACCCUGUUUCGCAGGCCAGUUGAUGAACUUCGAAUUUCAUCGUGAGCAUGCAGACUUUAGGGAAGUAGCUCGCCUUUACACCAGUGCAAGAACCAAGUGCCCGCCAUGCAGAAGGACGGAAUAAUUUCAGCGUUUGUAUGCAUCUUCGUAAUUGGACCAUUGCGAUCAGACGGUUGGCCUUCCCCGAAAGUCAUACCUAACAUGGCUAAGUUUCUCAAUACAAGUGAUCCAAUAUGGUCGUACAUGACAACAUCCACGACAAGGGGUUAUGACUGCAAAGUGGAUGUCAUUGACAAUAUGUACAACGAAGACGUGCUUUUUCGGAGAUUUCUUGGUUACCGAAAGGCUAUAAUCAGUGACUGGGUGCAGUUUCUCGAAGGACAUUUAUACCAUGAAAGAGCUCGAGCCCGAGCAGGCAUCACGCCGUAUAAUGCAAUGAAAGUGAGCUACAAAGAACGUGGUGCUCCUCUAGACAAAGAGACAUUAGUAUACCAGAGCAGGGACUAUAUGUGUGGUAUAGUUAAAGUUGAUGACGUGGUAAAUGAUGGACAAGAUAUCACGUAUGAACUGCGAGUGAAAAAUUCUACAAUAGUAACAGCCAAUCGUACCGACUGCUUCAAAGCGUACCCAAAAAUUGCGAAAAAAGAAGCUAAACUCACGUACCUACCGGAUUGUCAAGAUAUACUGAUAGGAAUGAACAAUUUCAUCCCCGGCCGUAACCCUCAUAAUGGAGCCGUAGGCUUAAUUUACUUCCUGAACACAAAACCUUCUAUCCACGCUCCCAUGGGCCUUUCCGACAACCGAAUGCGAGUAGCAAGAAUAUCAGUUCCAUCUUGGCUGACCUGAACUGUGAUCGUUCUCUAGUUGUCUAGCUACCAAAAUUAAAUCACAUUUCACUCGAAAUACAUUCGGUGUCCAUUACCUGUGUGGAAAAAUGAAACGACGAAGAGGCUUUGUCGUCGAUAUACCUUAAUAAAAAUUCGGCUGUGUCCAGCUAGGGUGGGAGGUAUGGGGGUCGAAAAUUUGUUCCAAAAAUUUUCAAUUUU